UCAGAGUUCUCGGAGCUUUACAAAUAAUAGAUUUGAUAUGUAAAGAUGUUGACAGUGUAGUUACUGAUUUAUACUUAGGUAUAGAUGGAAUGAGAAACAAUCAAUUGAGUUCACUUUUAGUUGCACCUGAUGAAUUGAUUAAGUACUUGAAAGAUAUUAACUCGCAAUUGAAAACUGGUUCCACACUUCCACUUGUUGUCACUGAGCACACCAUUCAUGAGUACUAUAGUUUAAUUAGAGUGAGUGCAUGGUUAGUCGAUAACCACGUGAUAAGAUUCUUUUUGAAUAUCCCCUUGAAAAACAAUGACAGACUUUACAACCUGUAUAAAGUAUUACCUGUGCCAACUGGAACGCCUGGAGCAGAGAAGAACCAUCUGUACACGUAUGUCCAGCCACAUACGGACUACAUAGCUGUCUCAACGGAUGAACAGAGGUAUAUCCCCAUGACUCGAUGCCAAGUUAAUGAUUGUAAAGGUAAAACUGUUAAGAUGUGUGUAGGACCAAACGUAGUAAACAACCUUGCCAGUGGUCAAGACACCUGUGAAUCUGCGUACUUCAGGCAGAUUACACCGCCCAAAGAGUUGUGCGACACUCGUCUAUCUUACGUAGCAACCUCAAUAUGGACGGAGAUACCAGGAACUGACCGAUGGAUAUUUGUCUUACCAAGAGAAGAGGUGAUGACAUUUACGUGUCCAGGGACCGACGGUCUCCCGGAGCACGAAGGAACGGAAUAUGUCCAAGGGACCGGACUUCUGACUCUACCCACUAAAUGUGAAAUGUUUGGAUCAUCAUUUAGAAUAUAUAGCAAAAUUGUAUAUAAAAGUAAAAUAGAUAGUAAUGUUAGUAGCGUAAUUAGGAUUCCUAAGAAAAAUGAUCGUUUAGUAGUUUUAGAUGAUAGCUCUUAUAAAAAAUAUAUCCAAAAAACUAAAGAACGUUACAGCACACGUCAGAUUUGUAUCCACUACCCUAAAUGA